UGCCGGCAUGCUCGCCCCAACACCGCCCCCUGACGUGUUCGCUCAGACUUAUAAAGCGGUUGAGCCUCCGAGAGUUGCAGAGGGAGCUGGAAGCUGAGCCCAGAGGACUCGUCAGUGCCUGCGGAGAACUUGACGCUAGAGUCCACAGCCAUGGGUGGGGAGCUGAAGGUGAAGAUGCUGGGGGGUGAGUUCCUGGUGCCCCUGAAGGACUCCAUGCUGGUGUCGGAGCUGAAGCAGCAGAUCGCCCAGAAGACGGGAGUGCCCCCCUUCCAGCAGCGCCUGGCCACCCACCCAGCCGGCAUGGUGCUGCAGGACAGGGUCCCCCUCGUCAGCCAGGGCCUGGGACCCGGCAGCACGGUCGUGCUUGUCGUGCAGAACUGUGACACCCCCCUGAGCAUCCUGGUGAGGAACGGCAAGGGCCGCAGCAGCGCCUAUGAGGUCCGGCUGACGCAGACGGUGGCAGAGCUCAAGCAGCAGGUGUGCCUGCGGGAGAGCGUGCAGGCCGACCAGUUCUGGCUGACUUUCGAGGGGAAGCCCAUGGACGACCAGCUCCACCUGGGGGAAUACGAGCUUACAGCCGGGUGCACCGUGUACAUGAACUUGCGCCUGAGGGGGGGCGGGGCAGGGCCAUGGGGGCCGCGCUAAAGGCCCCCCACCCAAGUCCCUGGCCAAGUGUGGGUAAUAAAUGCCUAUGCAAUGCUAAAAUGCUGCCUCUGUCUGCCCUCCCCCUUUCCCCACACCUGCAGCGGCCAGGCCUCUGUCCUCACCCCUGCUGGUGAGGUUGGGGGAGGGGCAGAGGAGGGAGAAGAAUAAGGGAUGGAGGCUGGGUUGCCAAGUUAAGGAACAAGCCCUAGUGGGAUCAAAAUAGUGACCCCCCCCAAUAAAUU